CAUUUUGCGCGUGAACAGGGUGGCUGCACGAGCUGGCGGCGGACGCGCGGGCCGCGGCCGACGCACCCCUCGCACACGGCGCAGGCGCGCGGCGCAGACCGACGCUCACCGGCAUGGAUCGAUGAGAUAAACGCGCAACCCCGCUCCAAAAAUCAAUACCCUUUCCAUCGAUUUUUACAGCCGCAGCCGCCGCACACUAGAUUUGAGGGUCGCACGCGGUGGUUGCGCGCAUUGUUUUAAUAUAUUUCUUUAGUUUUAUAGUUUUCGUAGACGCGACCUAAUAAGGAUUUUAUUGUGUAUAUAAGAAAAUAUGAACAGUUAGUAAAUUCGUUAUCGUAACAGUUUUAAAAUAUCGAUUUUCCUAAUAUCCGGUUUUCACAAGAUGGAGUGGACGUGAUAUAACGACAAUGACGUCGACGGACACGUAUCAGUUAAAAUGGCACUCGCACAGUUCACAUUUGAAUGGGUCCGUUGCGGCUUUGCUGCGCUCGGAACGGUUCACGGAUGUGGUGUUAUGCACGAUGGACGGGUCUCAGAUCCCGGCUCACAAGUUCAUCUUAAGUUCGUGCAGUGUAUACUUGAGCGGCUUGUUCGAGGGCCAGCGGCAUGUCACGCGGAUGGGCGGCAUGCUUUACGUCGUUCUGCCUUCGGAGAUAUCUACGAAGGCGCUCAAGAUUUUAGUGGAGUAUAUGUACAAAGGUGAAACAACAGUUUCAAAUGAAGUUCUAGAUACAGUAUUAAAAGCCGGGGAGGUCCUAAAAAUCCGUGGAUUAUGGCGGCAGACGGAUGAAGCUGGGGACCCUCCAGCAGAGAAGACAACCACACAAGUAGCUAGCGUUAACAAACAGCCGGUGAAGAAACCGGAGGACUUACAGCCUAAGAUAGCAGUUAAGAAAGAUGAUAAACUACUUAAGACUUUUACACCAAUGCAGCAGCAAGGGGUCACAAGACCCAUGUUCAUUGGACCACCCAAGCUGGUGUUCAUCAAGACCACAGAGGGAGGCACGCAGGCGGCGUUACGGUCGGCCGGGCCUAAGGGCCAAACUAUACUGGUUGCACCCGCGCCAGCCCCGGACACUUCUACCACCUCGGCUACUACUACCACCACCUCCACUUCAAUAGCUAUAGCUUCGACGACGAUAGCGGACGACUCGCCGGACGAGGCGCCGGCGCCGCGCAUCCUGCGGCGGCACGCGGCCGAGCGCAAGUACGGCAAGCGGCACAAGCCCGGCGACGGCGACGACAAGGACGCCGGGGACACGGCCUCCAAAAAAUCAUCUGCCAGCAACAACGACCCAGACGUGUCUAUCAAGGAAGAGCCGGAAUGGGACGCUUCCAGCAUCGAAGAGGAGGAACGAUCGAUCGCCGAAAUGUUCCAGCAAGAAAUGAGCGUCAAACAAGAGCCUGAAGAUCUGGAUAUCGACGAGGAGGGAUUGGUGUACAGCCCGCUGGCGUGCGAGCUGUGCGCGGAGGUGUUCACGCUGCCGGCGGCCUGGGUGCGCCACGUGGAGGGCCACGCGCGCGCCGACCACACGCACGCGCGCAAGCGCAAGCAUCGCUCCGCGAGCGAUGAUACCGAAGAGACGAUGGCACUACUCCGCUGCGAUUUGUGCCAAAAACACUUCCCCAACCCCGCCGAGUGGGUACGCCACGUGCAGAGCACCCACACUGAAACAGAAUUGGCCAUAUCAAACAACAGUGCCCCACCAAAACGUCACAAUCGUUUCACAGAGGGCGCGCAAAACAAGACUUGCUCGCACUGCAAGAAAACCUUCCCGUCGCAUGCCUCCAUGCUAAUACACAUGAGGACACACACAGGUGAGCGUCCGUUCGUAUGCGGGCUGUGCAACAAAGGUUUCAACGUGAAGUCGAACCUGCUGCGGCACCUCCGCACGCUGCACGACCAGAUCAUCAGCCCCGCGCUCGUGGAGGGCGAGGCGGACGCGGACGACGAGCCCGAGGGCCCGAGCGAGGUAAUUGUGCAGGUGAAGCGCGAGUCCUGAGGCCGCGGGGGGGCGGGGCGGCGAGGCCGGCGCGCGGUGCUGCCGCGCAAGCAGAGCUACUCGCUGUUCCUCAAGCAGCGCGCCGUGCUGUUCUCCGCCAAGAAGUGGAAGCAGUAGCCGCCUGCCGCACGGGCCGCCGCCGCCGCCGGGCCGGUGGCAGGGUAACGCUUCAUUCACUCUUUGCGAAUUGCACGAAUUCGAAUGUGUGUGUGUGAUGUGACGACGAUAUGAAUAUUAAUGACUUCUUUGCGAAUAGAAAAAACUCAAUUUUAUUGAUGUUGAAAACCCAAUUAUAACCCAGCGCCUUGGGAUCGAAAAAGGUUUAUAGAAUAUAUCUAAACAUCAGCGCCGGCUGCGUUAAGCUUUGCGCGUUUAUCCUCACUAGAGAAAUUAGUUGUGAUCAACUUUUACAGUUGAGGCUUUCCUUAUGCUUCAUGUGCAGAAUUCAGACCUGGCAGAAUUUCUGUUGGAAUUUCAGAUAAAAAGCUUAUUAAAGCAUAAGGACCCUUAUGUAAUGGAAAGCCACAAUUUACAAAUCGAGUCAUUAAAGCUCGCGUGAUCAAUCAGAUUAAUGAAUCAGAAGAUAUCUAUAUAAGCAUGAUAUUCAUCUUGAUUAAGAUUGAGCUUUUACUAUUGCUUACUUUAAUGUUGAAACAAAUAUCGGCGUCACAUUCAGUACUAGGGUACAUAUUUGAAGUAUGUUGUCUAGUCAAGUUACCCAAUACCGGCCCGGACGAGACUUGCAUUUUGAUUUCUAUCUCUCUGAGUUUGUUAUCAAAAUUCGUAGCGUCGCGGUCAUCUGAACUACGCUCCGUUCCGCCCUCCUUAUGUUUACCAUUAUUUGUCUAAGAGUGUAUCGUUUCUUUAUUCCUAGUGUUAUGUGCCAUACACAGAUUUAGAUUCUAAAUUAAUAUUUCCUGUUCCUGAAAGCUUAUGAAGUUAGGAUAUUAUAUGAUGAAAAGUCGAAAAAAAAAUCCAACUGCAUUUUUUUGGGAACAGGAUAUUUAUAAUUAUUUUACAAUCUGUGUAUGCUUAUUGUACGACUUUGUAAGUUUAAUAUGGUCUAGUCACGUUGCCAUAGAGCUAUUUUGUGAUUCAAUAAUUCCGCCUUCGCUAGUAAAAUUCCCGUAAAAUUGAUUACUAUAAUAUCUUUGAUAUUUGGAAAUGAAAGAAAUACACAAUUAUUUGUCAAGCUUUUGAAACAUGGGUUCAUAAUAUCAUAAUUGUGCUUAAAUUUCAUCUAAAGAAAGGACGCUUAGCACGAAGAAUUUCGUACAUUGACCCGCCUGUUUCUAUCUCUAUCGCGUAAUAUUGUUGCCUCGCCCAUGCUACUGACGGUCAAUGACACUGUGCGAGCGGGACAGCAAUAUACUUACACGCGUGCGGUAAAGGUUGUGCGUACUUUCUUUAAUAACGAAUAUACGUUUGAAAAACUUUUCACUUAUGCAUGAACUUGUACAUUUUCCUUAAAAGUUCACAGAUUUUACCGCGUUGGCUAGUACAUAAAGACCAAAGGCAUUUGUGUAGAUGUAAUAUUAUUUAAAACUAAGGUUUAGAACCUACUAAAUUAUUAAAUAGACGUAAGUUUUACAUUCCAUUUGAGUUAGAAUGAUUUUAUUUUGUGAGCUUCUGUAAUAAGUAUGGAUUUAUUAUUCAUAUUUUAGAUUAAAUACUCAUGUGAAACAUGGACAUGAUUUGAGAUACUGUGUAGUAUUUGAUAUAUGAUGGAAUGUCAAUAUAAAUUUUCCUAUAAGUA